ACGACGUCCUAAUCAGACGUUGGGGCAAGCUAGUCCUCAGGAUGUAAACAUGGUGACACACAAAUGAACGAAACGCCAAAAUGGUAUUCGAAAGCUUGGUGGUAGAUGUCCUCAACCGAUUUUUAGGGGACUACGUUGUCAACCUCGACAGCUCGCAGCUGAAGCUCGGCAUAUGGGGAGGUGAUGCUGUACUCACAAAUCUUGAAAUAAAGGAAAAUGCCUUGAGUCAACUUGACAUUCCUUUUAAAGUGAAAGCUGGUCAUAUAGGACGACUGGAGCUAAAGAUUCCAUGGAAGAACCUCUACACUCAGUCCGUCGAGGCCACACUGGAUGGUGUCUAUCUGCUUAUAGUCCCGACAGCAAGUAUAAAGUAUGAUGCCGAAAAGGAGGAGAAACAGCUACAGGAGGCUCGUCAGAGGGAGCUACAGCGGAUAGAGGAGACGAAGCUAAAGGCUGCUGAGCAAGAGAACCCCAAGCUAGAGAAGCAAGACACCUUUGUGGAAAAACUUGUCACUCAGGUCAUAAAAAACCUGCAAGUCAAGAUCUCUAACAUCCAUGUGCGCUAUGAAGAUGAUGUCACUAAUCCAAACUGUCCUUUAUCAUUUGGAGUAUCACUCAAAAACCUCAGCCUUCAGACAUCUGAUGAAAAUUGGAAUCCAAGUCUUUUGGAUGAGAAUUCCAGGCUUUUUUUCAAGCUGGUUCAACUAGAUAACUUGUUUGCCUACUGGAAUGUCAACUCAGUACUCUUCUCCAAUCACAGUGCAGAUGAAGCCUUGCAAUGUCUCAAGAGCAGCAUGGAAAUCAGCCACUCUUUUUCUGUCAGCCACGACUUCAUCUUUCGUCCCAUCUCAGCGGAUGCUAAACUGCGGAUGAAUCCCAGGUCAGAUGUGGAUUUCUCUUCUCCUAAAGUGGACCUAAUGGUCAAUCUCAGUGAGGUUGCCAUUGAACUCAACAGACCCCAGUACAUUAGCAUCUUGGAGCUGCUGGGCUCUGUGGAUAUGAUGUCACGAAACCUGCCAUACAGGAAGUACAGACCCAUGGUCCAAGUUCACAAGAAUACCCACAUAUGGUGGAAGUAUGUGAUCACAGGCAUCCUGGAGGUAGAUGUAAAGCCACGUCUCCACAUGUGGUCAUGGCAGCACAUUCGCCGGCACCGGCGGAUGGUGAAAUGCUACAGAGAGCUCUACAAGACAAAGAUCACCAGCAAGAAGCCCAGUGAGGAGCUCCUCAAACAACUAGAGGAGCCAGAGAAAUCCUUGGAUAUUUUUAACAUCACACUGGCCAGACAGCAGGCUGAAGUGGAAGCAAGCAAGGCAGGUCUGCGUAUUUACCGUCCAGGGAUGAAGAUGGAGGAAGAGGAGUCUCAGGGUUGGCUAAGCUGGAUGUGGAACUGGGGAGGAGAGGCUGAAACAGAAACAAAAGAGGCCAAGACUGGAGGUUUUGAUGAGUUGUUAACCCCUGCAGAAAAAUCCAAACUCUACAUGGCCAUCGGAUACAGUGAGACUGCUGCCAAUCCCAACCUGCCAAAAGAUUUUGAGGACAUGAAAGUCAAUUUCCACAUGGAGAGGCUGUCUGUGUCCUUCAAAGACAACAAGGACAAAAAUGAGAUUAUCAGGCUGACUGUGGGAGAGCUCCAGUCUACACUCACACAGAGACCUGGAGCACAAGCAAUAAAAAUCACAGCACAGCUUAGUCUGUUCGAGGUCACGGGCCUGGCCAGUGAUCGACCUGCUCCAACUCUCCUUUCGUCAAGGAAGGCAGCGACAGGUGCAGGGACCCCGCUGCUCUGCAUCCUGUUUGAGACCAACCCAUUGGAUGAGAGUGCAAACCAGCGGCUUCAUGUAGAAUCACAACCCUUGGAAAUCAUAUAUGAUGCGAUAACAGUGAACAGCAUGUCAGCAUUCUUCAUGCCUCCAGAUGACCUGCAGCUGGAUGAGCUCACCAAUGCAACCCUGAUGAAACUGGAGCAGUUCAGAGACCGAACAGCCACCGGUUUAAUGUAUGUGAUCGAAACACAGAAAGUUCUCGACCUGAAGGUGAACUUGAUGGCCUCCUACGUCAUCAUUCCACAGACUGGCUUUUACAAUGGCACCCAGAACAUUGUGCUUUUGGAUCUUGGACAUUUUCAGAUGUCCAGUCAAAGCAAGAAGCAUCUGCCUCAGCUGUCAGUGGGCUCCAGUAAUAUUGAAGACAUCAUCUCCAGAGCAUACGAUAGCUUUGACAUACAGCUGAGCAGCCUGCAGUUCCUAUAUAGCAAACCAGAUGGCGACUGGAAAAAAGCUCGUAAACAGAAACGGUCGCCACUCCACAUCCUGGAGCCAGUGGAUCUGAAAGUGGUUUUCAGCAGGGCGAUGGUCGUCACAGACUCCCGCAUGGCAAAGUACAAGAUGUCUGGAGAGCUUCCUCUGUUGUCUCUUCGCAUUUCUGAUAAAAAACUUCGAAGCGUUCUGGAGCUGGUAGAAAGUAUCCCACUGCCUGAGAGCAGACCUCCUGCACGAAACACUGCUACAUCCUCAUCUUCAAAGUCAAAACAGUCGUACACCCCUCAGCUCACUCCUCGAAGACCUUUGAACUUAGCUGACCAACGCUCCUCUCUCAUUUUCGAGUCAUGCGAGACCAUCAGCAUCACCUCACUAGGAUCAGAGGAAGAUUUGUUCUUUGAUGCGCCCAGCUCUCCCAUCGGAGAUAAACCAUUCUUCCCAGACAAUCCCAUGCCGCUGCGCUACGCAGAUUUAAACAAAAGAAGUCGUCUCCUCAAGGAAGACACUCAGAAGAACAUGACUGAUUUAAUCUUGACAUUUGAGAUCAGCGAGUUUUCCAUUCAGUUGUGUCGUCUGUCUGGUAAUCAGGAGGUCACGGUGCUUCACUUGGACAUAGAGGGUUUGGGCACUGAGCUGAAACUGCGCACUUUUGACAUGACAUCUAACACCUACUUGCGAGAGAUCUGCCUCAAGUGUCCAGAAUACAUGGAUUCUGAAGACAAGCAAGUUCAGCUCAUCACCACUUUAGACAACACUGAAGUUGACCUACUCACCCUGGAAUAUAUCAAAGCUGAUAAGAAUGGGCCUGAGUUCAAGACCCAGCACAACAACACAGAGCAGCUCAUCAAGGUGACGUUCUCAUCCCUGGAUGUUCAUCUCCAUACGGAGGCUCUCCUCAAUGCCAUGAACUUUCUCAACAAUCUCCUUCCUCCUUCCACUAAGAAAGAAGGGGGGCAGGAGGAGCUCCCCACCAUCCCUGAGGAGGAUGAGGGAGAGACAGAAAAGGAGGGAGAGAAGAAGGAGGAAGCCACUAUAACCAGGAAAAAAUCUUCAAAGAGUUCAAAGUUUGCAGAUGUGGUUAAUUUGCAUAUCAGGGCUGAUCUCCGCUGUCUGAAAGUUUUCAUUCGAGGAGAAAAAGCCAGGAUCUCUGAGAUCGGUAUUGAAGGUCUGGUUUCUGAAGUCCUGAUGAGAAAGAAGGAGAUGGAGGUUCUGGCCAACCUUAAGAAUAUUGUGAUCCUAGACUGCAAUAAAGAUGCCUUUUACAAGAAGGCUGUGUCUAUCGCUGAUAAGGAAGUGUUUGCAUUCCGAAUGAUAAACUACACAGAUGCAACAGAAGGAGAUGCCUAUCUGGACAUGUCUAAAGUUGACACUUCUGUCACACUGACAGUGGGCUGCAUUCAGGUCAUCUUCCUCAACAAGUUUGUCUCUUCCAUUCUGGCAUUCAUCAAUAACUUCCAGGAGGCUAAAGAGGCGCUGGCUGAGGUGACAGUCCAGGCUGCUGAAAAGGCAGCAUCAGGAGUGAAGGAACUGGCAGAGCGGAGCACUCGGAUAGCCCUUAACGUCCACUUUAAUGCACCCGUCAUCUUCCUCCCCCAGUCCUCCUCUUCCUCAAAUAUCAUUGUUGCUGACCUUGGUCUCCUGUCCGUCAAGAACCAUUUCGCUAAGCAGCCCUUUAAAAGUGACGCAAAGAUCCCGCCUGUUGUUGAUAUAAUGACAGUGAGACUGACUGACCUCAAGAUGUACAGAACAAUUUACAUAAAUGAAGGUUUUCAAGGAGAAACCCAACUGCUAAAGCCCGUCAGCCUGGACUUAGAAAUUCAGAGAAAUCUGUCAUCCAACUGGUACCACAGCAUACCUGACAUAGGGAUCACUGCUCAUCUGAAGCCCAUGAGUCUGAUCCUCUGCCAGGAGGACAUGAUUGUGGUUCUGAGGACUCUGAGUGAGAACUUGUCAGAAAAGUCUGAUGAUGUUCCCCCUCCAGCUGCUCUUGCCCCCACCGACCGCUCAUCUGACUCUGUAUCCAACAAAGAAUCCCAGGACUCUGGAACCAAUGGACCAACCAACAGUAACACAGUGGUGACAGCUGCUGUUGUGGAGACACAGAAAAACAGCAAACUGAAGAACACGCUUAAAGUAGACUUCAAAUUUGACUCCAUGACGGUGGUUGUGUACAGCCCUAAUGAAAACGAGAUACUGCCGUUAGACUCACAUGAUGAGCAGCUGAAACUUGCUGAGUUCACUCUGGGCACCAUCUCCACCUCCGUCCACAUGUUCUCUGACAGUUCAAUGAAAGCCUCAGUUCGACUCUCCACAUGCCUUCUAGAUGACAAGAGGCCAAAAAUCAAGAUGGUCACUCCAAGGAUGAUGGCGUUGCGUCCUGGUGCAGAACAGAACAUGAUGGUUGAGGUGAACUAUCGUCAGGGCCGUGAUGGCACCACUUUAGACACUGUGGUGCAGGAUGUGUACCUGUGUGCCAGCAUGGAGUUCCUGCUCACAGUAGCAGACAUCUUUCUUAAGGCCACCCAGCAGGGCUUUGCUCAAGUGCCACAACCCAAGAACAGUUCUGGUGCCGGAGAGAAAAAGAACAUUAACUCCUCUGUCACAUCUAAAGAGUCCACUACAACUCCAGCUGUGGUGUCAAAGACAGAGAUGAAUGUUGUGGUGCGUAACCCAGAGAUUGUGUUUGUGGCUGACCUGACACGUGCUGACGCCCCGGCCCUGGUGAUGACCACACAGUGUGAGCUACUGAUGAAAAGUGGUGCAGAGGGAUCACAGAUGACUGCUGUUAUCAAGGACCUCAAGGUGGUGGCAUGUCCCUUCUUAAGAGAAAAAAGGAGACACAAUGUGACCACAGUACUGCAGCCGUGUCAGGUGUUCUUUGAGAGUACUCAGUCUUCAACCUCCCCUCAGGCUAUGGAGGUCUCCAUCAACGCUCUGUCACUGAAGGUAUCUCCAAUCAUCAUCAAUACAGUGAUUACCAUCCAGUCAGCACUGACUCCCACAGCAGAGACACCUGAGGAGCUGGACAGCCCUGUUCCUGUGGACCUUUGGGAGAAACGAGGCUGGAAAGAGCUCAAACUCUGGUUCCUAGAUGAGGAGGGGGAUGAAGACACGCACUCACUGGUCCCAUUGAUUCCACAGGGAGAGUCGCUACAGGUGACCAUCAAAUCAAUCUGUCUGACUCUGGAGGCUGGUGUCGGACACCGCACUAUCCCCAUGCUUCUGGCCAAGUCCUCCUUCCAUGGUGACGUGAAAAACUGGUCCACGCUCAUUGACUUACACAGCGAGCUCAACUUGGAGGUUCACUAUUACAAUGAGGUGAUGGGGGUGUGGGAGCCGCUGCUGGAACCGUUAGAAGAUGAGACUAGAGAUGGAUUCAGACCAUGGAGACUGGAACUGAAGAUGAAGAAGAAACCUGUGAAGUACUCAGGCCUUUCAGAUGAAGUGGAUUUCAUGGUCCCAGACUAUAAGACAGUUAUUGUUAUCAUCAGUAAAGACCAGCUCAACAUCACACUCUCUAAAUGUGGGCUGGCCAUGCUGAGUAACCUGGGCACAGCAUUCGCGGAGGCUGCCAAGCAGACAGCAGAGUGUUUUCAAAAGGAUGAAGCUCCAUUUGUAGUGAAAAACCGUCUGGGCCUGCCAGUAUCAGUCCGCCACAGUGAGAUGUUUUGUCCUAUUGGUCAGCAGAGCACCAACAACACUGUGGAGCUGCAGGAUGGGGAAACACUCGGGAUGGACUAUUCAACCACAACAGAGUCUGAUCAGUUCUCAGCUAUGAUCUCUCUGAGUGGAAAGGAUUACUACAUACAGCCUACUCCACUGGGCCACACCUCAGCCAGUGUGAUCCCUCUGAUCAAAGUGGGCAGGGGAAUGUACAGUGUAAUGCACAAAGAGUCCGGAGUCACUCGUUUCCUGGUCUGUCAGAUUUACUCUUUGGAAGGCAGCAAGUACAUCAAGAUCCGCUCUCCUUUCCAGAUCAUCAAUCAUUUUUCAAUACCAUUCAAAGUUUUUGAAGGACCAACAUGUCUGGGUACAGCUCUUCCUACUGAGGAGUUCUGUGUGCCUCUGGACUCUUAUCGGUCUGAGCUCAGCCUUCAGCCAGUAACAGAUGAUCAAGCUGACGGUGAAGAAGAGCAGUUUGACUGCUCAGAGGGCUUCAGUUACGAGGAUGUCAGCAACCAGCAGCCUGAGACGCACCUGCAGCAGACCUGUCGUCACCGUGGAGAUCAGGGUGGUGUGAUGACGGUCAACAUCGUGCCAGUAAAGGAUGCAGUGACAAUUAGAGACACUGGAGGUGCUGGGGAAAACUUUGACGUGCCCUUUGUGCUUCACCUAUGGCCUUCCAUCCUGCUCCGCAACCUGCUCCCUCACCCCAUCGCCUACAAGCUCAAGGACAGUGGAGUCUCUCUCCCUGAAGCCACUCUGGACCCUGGCCACUCUGCCCAGCUUCCCACUGCAGUCAUCAAUCAAUCCAGUCUCGACCUCCGCCUACUGAACUACUUGGCUCAAGACUGGUCUGCUGAGUACAGUCUUCAGAGUGACCAGGAAGAGAUCGCCUUCAUUGUGUUCCAGUCUCUACGAGAGAAUGACGAGGAUGAUGGGGAAGGGACAGAGAGGAAGAGGGCUGAGCUGGAUAUAGCAGUGCAUGUCAAAUGUGAUCCAGGACAGAUGGUGGUUGCUAUUCACUCACCGUACUGGAUGGUGAAUAAGACAGGCAGGCUGCUGCAGUACAAGGCUGACGACAUCCAUCGUAAACACCCUCUGGACUAUGACAUGCCGCUGCUAUUCUCCUUCAAGCCACGAUACUUCCUGCGAAACAACAAGGUCCGUCUUAUGAUCUCUGACAGCGACCUAUCAGAUGAGUUUUCACUGGACACAGUCGGUAGCCAUGGAGAUGUGAAAUGUAAAGGCAGAUACAAAGAUUAUCUGGUUGGUGUGAAGAUCGAUGCGAGCAGCUUCAGUCUGACUCGCAUUGUGACCUUUGUGCCCUUUUUCAUGCUGGUCAACAGAACCAAGCACAGCGUCUUCAUAUGUGAGGAGGGGCAAGAAAACUGGACUGAGGCAGAACCAGAACAGUCAGCUGUUCCCUUCUGGCCUGAGAAUGUCACCAAGCGGCUAAAGAUCAAAGUAGGAGGUUGUUUGUUGCCUCCUCAGACUAUUGACUUCACUCGACCAGAAAACUGCCUAUUGCUGCAUCUGGACAACUCUGUGGGCGGGAUCAUUGUAGAUGUGAAUCUGUCUGAGCACUCGGCCACAAUCCGAUUCUCCGAGUACCACGACGGUGCGGCCCCCUUCCUCAUCAUCAACCAUACCAAAGACCAGACACUUCAGUUUCAUCAGAGCGCCCGGACAGAAUCCACGUGGGUUCCUGACGAGCUGCUCGACCUCUCCUUCUCAGAGGAGGAGGACAGUUCUCAGAAGGAGAUGGAGCAGGAGGAGCUGGAGGCUGGAAAAGCUGUGCACUACACCUGGACUCAGCCUACUGGGUCCCGAGAGCUUUGCUGGACCUGUGGCACUUAUGGAGGGAAGCUGAGGAGUGAGGAGGACCUGCUUAAGGACAUGAACAAUGAGGGAAAACUUUUUGUGAUUUCCUUUUAUGAAGGUCUCCAGCGUGUUGUGCUGUUCACUGAGGAUCAACGGAUCUACAAGGUGCUUUGUGAGAACGAGAAGGCACAGCUGGCGGAGCAGGAAAUCAUCCUGUCGCUACAGAACAUGGGCGUGUCUCUGGUCAAUAACAGCAGCAGCCAAGAGGUUUCCUUUAUUGGGAUCACAAGCUCUGAUGUGGUGUGGGAAUCGAAACCUAAGAAGAAGAAUCGGUGGAAGACUAUGAGCGCUAAGGACGCUGAGAUGUUGGAGAACAGCUUCAAAGAGUACAUUGAAUCCGGGUCCGUAGACGAUGCCAUUCGUGAUCUGGAAAAUAACUUCCAGGUGAAAUUUACUCCCAGUGGCAUGGAUAUGCAAAUGUUGCAGCCGGUUGAAGCUCCUCUGAGGAGACACUUCCUGCCUGGUGUGAAGGUGGAGUACAGCAUCUCACCACGACAGAGAGCCUACCGUGUCAAAAUCCACCGCAUUCAGAUCCAGAAUCAGCUGCCCGGGGCCAUCUUCCCCUACGUUUUUUACCCUGUGAAACUGCCAAAGUCUAUCACUAUGGACUCAGAACCCAAACCUCUAACUGAUAUCAGCAUUGUUACCAGAGCAGCAGGCCACUCUGAUAUCUCUCGCAUCAAGUACUUCAAGGUGCUGAUUCAAGAGAUGGAUCUCAAGCUCGAUCUGGGCUUCUUGUAUGCCAUCCUGGACCUUUUCACCCCUGAGAACGCCAGCAUCAUGAGCUCAGAACAAGAGGUGGAACUGUUUGAGAAGGACAUAGAGUAUAUGAAGACAGAACUAAACCAUUCCUCUGCUGCUGACACAUCUCCUAUCAGCCUCUAUGAGUACUUUCACAUUUCCCCCAUCAAGCUGCACCUGAGUUUCUCUCUGAGCACGGGUGGAGAAGAUGGAUUGAAAGAGAAGCGAGAUACAGAACUCAUCCCCGUCCAGUCCCUCAACCUGUUGCUGAAGAGUAUCGGAGCAACGCUCACUGACGUGCAGGAUGUUGUCUUCAAACUGGCCUUCUUUGAGUUGAAAUUCCAGUUUUGUACCACUCAGCAGCUCCAGUGGGAGGUCAUCAGACAUUAUUCUAAGCAGGCUAUUAAACAGAUGUAUGUGCUGGUGUUGGGCCUGGAUGUGCUUGGAAACCCCUUUGGGCUGAUCAGAGGAUUGUCAGAGGGAGUGGAGGCUUUCUUCUAUGAGCCCUAUCAGGGAGCCAUUCAGGGUCCAGAAGAGUUUAUUGAAGGAAUGGCUCUUGGGAUGAAGGCUCUGGUUGGAGGAGCUGUAGGUGGAAUAGCAGGUGCAGCAUCCAGGAUAACAGGUGCCAUGGCGAAGGGUGUCGCUGCCAUAACGAUGGAUGAGGAAUUCCAGCAGAAGAGACGAGAGGCUAUGAACAGACAACCCAGUGGUCUGAGAGAAGGGCUGACCAGGGGUGGAAAAGGACUGGUGUCUGGAUUUCUCAGUGGGAUCACAGGGAUUGUUACCAAACCUAUUAAAGGAGCCCAGAAGGAGGGUGCAUCUGGCUUCUUUAAAGGUGUUGGUAAAGGUUUGGUUGGUGCAGUAGCCAGACCUACUGGAGGCAUUAUUGACAUGGCCAGCAGCACCUUCCAAGGGAUCAAGAGGGCAGCAGAGACGUCACAAGAUGUUGAAUCUCUACGUCCUCCUCGCUUCAUACAUGAGGAUGGUGUCAUACGACCGUACAAGGAGAAGGAGGGCAUCGGGAGCCAGAUGCUCCAGAAAAUUGAGAACGGACGUUUUGCCAAGUACAGAUACUUUGCUCAUGCUAAGGUCAAUGAUUCUGACUUCCUCAUGAUCACCAAGAGAGGAAUAUUUUUUGUGACCAAGGGCACCUUUGGCCAGCUGACCUGCGAGUGGCAGUAUCUGUUCGAAGAGUUCACCAAGGAUCCAAUGAUUGUAGAGGAGCGCCGCCUUCGCAUUGAGGCCAAGGAGAGAGUAAAGUCAGUCUUCCACGCCAAAGAGUUUGGGAAGAUCAUAAACUUCAGAACUCCGGACAUAGCCAAGUGGGUUCUUGCCAAACUGGAGGACGCCAGAGAGAGUUUACCGAAGUACUGACUCCUGGAGAAGAGCGAGAAUUGUUAAACACACACACGUACACGAGCUCUGUGCGAGUGUGUGUCAGUGCCUUUGUUCUUUACUGCAUGCCAGUUGUGUUUCCCUCCGUGUGCGAGUAGCGCACAAGCGAUGCUGUAUGUUGACUGUUAGUGUGUGUCGGGGGUGAAAGACUGUGUGUGUGUGUGUGUGUGUGCAUGUAAACAGCAGUGCUAGAAACAGAUUGCUGACUUAGAUACAUUUACCACAGAUGCUCAGAAUGCAUUGAACCAAACUUUCUCUCACUCUCGUUGCUCUGAUUGCACUCAUCCUUUUGCACACAUAUAGUCAAUUUUUAAUGAUUUUAUGGAAAUAAAAAUAUACUCAUUUUGUAAAACCUGCUUGACUCUGAAAUACUGGUAAAGAUCUUUUUCCGGGGGCUUUGGGUUGCUUUGCUUAUUACACUAGAACACACAUUAAGCCACUAACUUUAAUCAGUUUCUACUUCAGGUUGUAUUUUGGUGUAGAAAUGUCACUGCAACAGCUACUGAUAGAAAACCACUUGAAUAACACUGAGGCCAAAUUAACCAUAGUUGUAGCACAUUUGAUGUUGAACAGUGUUUCUUUUACACACUUCUACAGCACGAGUUAAGCUUUAUAACACAUAUAAUUCGAGCUGUGCGUCCUUAAAGCCCUUGUUUACGUUCUUUUCCUCAUUUUUAUACAUUUCUGCAAGAUAAAGACUGUUCAGUGUGAUUUAGAGAUGCAUGCUAUUUUUAUACUGUACCGACAUUUAUCAGUCUGCUGUAUAUUGACCUAAUAUAGUAUCGUAUCUGUAUAUAUCCAUCCUCGUGUCGUCUGUAUAACGGCGUUGCAAAUUGUAAUUUUGUGAUUUUUAUGUUUUUAUACCACACAUAUGCAAUGCCAACCAUAUUGAUGACUUAUGCAGAUGAAAAUAUAUUUAAAAGAAAGAAAUACUACUAUGAUGAGCUGCUGUUUACUCUGAUGUAUAUUUUAAAGGUUUGCUUUCGGUUUGGGGUGUGUCGAAGUUUAAUAGAACUAAAUAUUUCUGUUGCCAUUAAGUUUUUUUGUUUGUUUUUAGCCAAUGUUCACUGCAGUGGCUUAUUAUUUUUUUCAUCAAAAAAUAAAAUAGGUGUCUCAAAUUUCAA